AUGGCCGACUGCUCUGUGGAGCAGAAUGCCGCGCUGAAGAUACUUCUACACGGAAUCAAGCACCCGCAUGGGUACUGUAUAGGUGUUCUACUGGGCCAGUCAGGCGAGGGAGGCACGGUGGUUGCGGACGCGGUGCCGCUGCAGCACGUCAAGAUCGGAACGAGCCUCGUCCCGGACGUCGGCCUGCAGCUCAUCCGCGAGGGGGCGUCCGGGAAGGGCGCCGAGAUGGUUGGAGUGUACCAGUGGAGCGAGGGGCGCGCGCGCAGCCAGCCCGCGCCCGCCGCGCGCGCCAUCGCGGAGCGGAUAGCCUCGGCCGGCAAGGGCGCGUGCUGCCUGGUGGUGGAUCCGUCGUCCCUCGAGCAGUUCUACAGCAAGGGCUCGCCCGUUCCGUUCGACCUGUGGCACCCACCGCGCGGGAGCACCAGCAGCGAGUUGCAGCGCAGCGCAGCGCCGCCCACGCUCCCGGGGGGCGUGCACCAGCUGCUGGCCCAGCUGGUCAGGGACGGCCGGCACCGCGACUUCCACGACCUCGACGACCACAUGGACGACGUCACGCGGCCGUGGCCGCCUGCGUCCAGCCUGCUCUCCUGA